CUAGACGUGUUUACUGACGGGCGGUGUGAGUCGAUAAACCGAAGUACACUUUGAAUUUGCCUUAAUAAACAUUUUUUAAAUAUAUUUUCAGCGAAUGCACUUAUAAUGUUUUGUAUUCCUUUGUCAGUGCGUCUCUCUCGCACAGCCGUUGUCCGGUUGCCGUGCAGCAGGACAGUUGAGAAAUGUUUCACUUCACGGUUUUUGUACUUUAGCACGUCAGCUAACUCUUCCAGUAUUCGCCACUGUAACCAACCCAGUGCCAGACGUUUCACAAGUUCUGCCAAAACAAAAGCGGUUCGAAUCGGCUGUGCCUCUGGUUUCUGGGGGGACACCGCCACAUCAGUGCCUCAGUUGAUCCAUGGCGGGAAGCUGGACUUUCUGGUGUUCGAUUACCUCAGUGAGAUCACCAUGUCACUACUUACUGCCGUCAAAGCCAAGAUGCCUAACAUGGGUUAUGCUCCAGAUUUUGUCCAGGUAGCUCUUGCACCGUUUAUUCAUGACAUUCACAAAAAAGGUGUUCGUGUAGUCAGUAACGCAGGUGGAGUGAAUCCGCUGGCCUGCGCUGAAGCCAUCGAGGAAGUCAUUAAGAAGGCUGGUCUGGAAAUGAAGGUUGCUGUGGUGACUGGUGACGACCUUAUUCCCCAUAGAAACAGCCUCAGUGAGGUAAGAAUGGCUGACAACAGCAAACACCAGUUGCCCAAAACACUUCACAGUAUGAAUGCUUACCUUGGGGCUCUUCCCAUACGUCGAUGCUUAGAUCUGGGCGCAGAUAUCGUGGUUACUGGCCGCUGUGUGGACAGUGCCGUCGUCCUUGGACCACUCAUGCAUUCAUUCGGCUGGGAGGAAGAUGACUUUGACUUGCUUGCAGCUGGAAGUCUUGCUGGCCACCUGAUCGAGUGUGGUGCCCAGUGUACAGGAGGAAUCUUUACUGACUGGCACAAAGUCCCCAACUGGGACAACAUGGGCUUUCCGGUGGUCGAGUGUUCAAGUGAUGGCUCUUUUGUUCUCACCAAGCCCCCCAAGACUGGUGGCCUCGUAUCAUUUGGUACGGUUGCUGAACAGUUAGUGUACGAGAUUGGCGACCCUCAGCGCUACCUGCUGCCUGACGUCACCUGUGACUUCAGUCGGGUGGUCAUCAAGGAAAUAUCAGGAGUGGAUGGAGGAGCUGUCAAGGUCACUGGGGCCAAAGGACUUCCACCAUCGCCGGACUACAAGGUGUGUGCGACCUACAUGGACGGUUUCAGAGUCACAGCAGUUUGUCUAGUCGGAGGACCAAGAUCGGAGGAAAAGGCCAGACGAACUGCAGAAAGCAUCAUCAAACGAUCAAAGCGCAUGUUUAAACAGCUGGGGCUGGAAGAUUUCAGUGCCGUCAACAUCCAGGUCCUGGGAGCCGAGGACACCUACGGCGCUCACGCACGAAACAAGGGCGCCAGGGAAGCAGUGAUCUGGAUGGCCGUCCACCACAAACAGAAAAAGGCACUUGAACUCUUCUCUAGAGAAAUUGCUCCUGCAGGAACUGGCAUGGCACCUGGACUGACAGGCAUUGUGGGCGGACGUCCCAGAGUAUCCCCUGUGUUGAAGCCAUUUUUCUUCAUGCACCCCAAGAAUCUGCUUCAGGUUGAUGUUCACAUGGGUGGACAGCUUGUUGAGUCUCUACUGCCCACAGAAUCACACACACCUCAAGAGGAAGCUUCUCCGAGUCCGUCUGAGGAGCAUCCAGAUUCUGACCUUCCCAGUGGAAAGCACAGCUACCGACUGGAGGAACUGGCCUACACGAGAAGUGGGGACAAAGGAGACAGCGCCAAUAUCGGAGUUGUUGCUCGCCACCCGCUCUUCUACCCCUACUUGAAGAAACACCUAACAUCCUCUGUGGUGGAAGAAUACUUUGCUCAUCUAAUCCAACCAGGCGUUCACAAUGCUGUUAAACGGUACACACUACCGGGCAUCCACGGCCUCAACUUUGUUCUGGAGAAUUCUCUGGGUGGGGGAGGGGUGGCCUCACUGCGCAGUGAUCCACAGGGGAAAGCCUUCGGUCAGAUGCUGUUGGACCUGAAGCUGAAGGGACUUCCUGACCUGAAGUCACUGGUGGACUGAGAGGUUGGACUGACAGGGGAAACGUGGGCCGACUGAUAAACAUCAAGUAUUCCAUCGUGACGCUGUCGUUGAAGAGCAACUCACAAAUAAGCUUUUUGAAAAUACAUUUGAAUAUAUAACAUAUUCAUCUUGGCAUGCAGCAGAAUCUAUGGUUCUAUGGAUCCAAAUAUGAUGAGAUCAUGUGUGGGUCCCUUUAGCUCUAGAGAAAUUAAGGGUGCUGUUUCAAACCUAAUGUUUUUGGUUCUACUGUGAUUCCAGGAGUGGUUUUUAAUUCGAGAAUAUGUAGCUAAGUGGGAAAGUCCAAAUGCUCCACAGAUGAUUGUAGACACUGGCAGGUUUCCUUUCCUCGGUCAAACUGAAAAUGGCCAAUUCCAUUCUUUUGAAGGGUCCAGAUCAACUUAGCUUAUACCCAGAACUUUUCUACAGCUUUCUGUCCAUGCAACAGACUAAACUUAUGAAUCUCCAUAAUUUGCAAUAGCUAGUAUUUUUUGUCAUUGAUCAUACUACUCCAGAUGAAGUUGAUUGUGGUGGUGAUGGUGAUAUCAAUAGGUAAAAAAAUUAUGUGAGACAUUUUAUCAUGUAUAUUAUAGUCUGUAAUCCAGCCUGUGUUAGCCUUAACAAGAUGUUGUUUUUUGGGAUGCGGAAUCUGGAAUUCAGAUGAAGAUUAAUUAAAAAAAACAAACUAAUGACUUCCAGAUUUUGUGGAUGUGACACCUGAUUUACAGUAAACCCAAAAAUCAAAACAUCAGAUGGCUGAUUUCUAAGGAAACAGUGAUUAACCCUAACCACAGACACACACACUCACUUCUUAUGUGCCGUUCUUGGCUCACUACGGUUUCAUCCCAGUCAUUUUGCUGACUCAGGUUUGUGAGCUUAGUAUAGUUCAUGGUCUGUUGAUGGCGCUGCGUCCUCCCUGAUCAUCUGGCCAGGUUUACUGACACUGGGCCAUUGUUGACCUUAAACCCCCUGGAGCAAGGUUCAGGUUUCAAAGGGUCUGGUUCUCCAGCUCAGCAGUCCAAUCAGAGGCUUGUGGCCACGCACCUCCAUCUGAGUGCAUCGGUGCCGUUUGCCGCAGGAAUGCCAGUCUCUGAGAUUCAGUCUGCUGCUCUGUAAUUGCAACCAGACUGAUCCUUGAUGCUGCUUCAGGCUCGGAUGAGAGCUCCUCUGACUCACUCCCAAAUCUGUCUCUCCACUCACAUCAGGCCACAAAGUCAUACGUGCAUUGUGAAAUGGACUCUUUUCCAGUGAAUAGCAGCUUCCUGUUUGUGCAUGCUUCGUCUAUCAGCAUUACUAACUGUACGGACUAUUUACAGAUAUUAAGAAUGAAUUUGUGAUCCAACCAUCAAUAUGAUGUGAUGGCACAAGCUUUUGAUAUGGUUGUCAACCCAAGUAUCAAAUGCUGAUCAAUAAAAUGUACAAUU